GCCGGUUCCGUUCCCAGGUACAGGUACUGAAUGAUCGGCAGCCCGGACGGCUGGCUUCUCUUGGCACAGUUUUGCCUGGAUGUCCUCUAUAUGUGUUGGAAAUACAACUCCUAGGUUUUCUUAUAGUUACAUUGCCUUCGUACAUCUGGAGAUAGCAAGGUUGACAAGGCAGGAUUUCUAUUAGAGAUUCUCUUGCCUGGCAACCUUGUUUGUGAUGCAGAGUAUAUUUUGAAGGCUCUAGAGCUGUAAAGAUUCCAGUGGGAUACAAGACAAAAUGGCCGAAGCUGUUCAUUAUAUUCAUUUGCAGAACUUCAGCAAGUCUCUUCUGGAGACCCUGAAUGGGCAACGUCUAGGUGGUCAUUUCUGUGAUGUAACAGUACACAUCCAGGAGGCCACCCUGCGAGCUCAUCGGUGUGUACUGGCUGCUGGAAGCCCCUUUUUCCAUGAUAAACUCUUGUUGGGCUACUCGGAGAUUGAGGUACCCCCCGUGGUCCCCAGCCAGGUAGUACGUCAGUUGGUGGAGUUUAUGUAUAGUGGCUCCCUGGUGGUAGCCCAGUCUGAAGCUCUGCAGAUCCUCACCGCUGCUUCCAUCUUGCAAAUCAAGACUGUCAUUGACGAAUGCACACAGAUCAUCUCUCAGAAUCGCAGCCCAAAACCUCCUACUGUUGCUCCAGCGGUACCCGUCUCCCUUCCCAGAGUUCUGCCGGGCAAGCCCCCAGAGCAACAAUCCAAAGAGGUCAUUGGCAGCCUCUCACGACCAGGUGACCUUGACGCUGCCCACCUUGAACCCCCUAAGCUGCUUUGUGCCUCAGAAGUGCGGUAUAAACUGCGAGACUUGCUGUCCUCCCAGCACAGAGAAGCUCGGGCAGCUGCCUGUGAGGGGACCAUAAGUGAAGGAGACACAGGAGGUUCCUACCUGCACUCCACUGAAUCUGCCCCCAGUUGCCAUAGCCGCAAGCAGCGCCAGCCAGUGAGGCUUCAGCUGUCUGAGACAAUGCCGGUGAUAAUUAAAGAUGAAGAGGAAGGUAGUGGGGAAGGCCCAGAGGGGUCGGAGACAGAAAGAGAGGCCAAACUGAGCUGCUUUGUUGAAUGCAGUGGGAGCGGCCCUUUUGCUGCUGAUUUCAGUGACCAGGCAAAGGACUCUGGGGGUAGCAGUGGAGCUGACCGGAAGGAGAGCCUCCACUUGGACUAUGCCACCCCGGAAGGUCAGGAUUUCUUUGGAAAUCAGGAUGUCUUUUCCGAGUCCUUCAUCCCAUCCUGGCAGGGAGAAGAGAGUGGAGAAGAGGCUACUGUUUCCACCUCUCGAGAUAGAGAGAAAUUCCAUCCUGAUUGCAAUGUGGAGGCUUCCAAUCUGAGGAACUUAACAGGAGAAUUCAAGCAAGACCUAAGUGGCUCCACCUCUGGGUUUCCACCCCGUAGCAGCAGUGGUGGGGCUGAGGGCUUGACCUUUGUCUCCUCCCUAGGCAUCCAGCGGGAGCUCAAGGCGGAAGUCACUAAUACCAGCACAGUCACCAGUAAUACCAGCAUCUUCCAGUUCCAUCUGCCCCAGCCUGGUGGCGUAGCCCAGACCUUCUACAGCAUUCAGCAGCAGCAGCAGCAGCAGCAGGAGUCAGGUGCCAGCAAUAUGAUGCAGCUGAGCCCCAACACAAUGGUCACCAGUGCCCUUCAUUCUGGGGAGCAGCAGCAGAGCCAACAACCUGGAACCUCCCGCUGCCUGGAACCUUCCUAUCAAUGUAGCCACUGCCAGAAAACAUUCAGCUCUCGGAAGAACUACACCAAGCAUAUGUUCAUCCAUUCUGGUGAGAAGCCCCAUCAGUGCAGCAUUUGCUGGCGUUCCUUCUCACUGCGGGAUUAUCUGCUCAAGCACAUGGUGACCCACACUGGUGUGCGUGCCUUCCAGUGCUCCAUCUGCUGCAAGCGCUUCACCCAGAAGAGCUCCCUCAACGUGCACAUGCGCACCCACCGCCCUGAACGCUUCCAGUGCUGCAUCUGCAACAAAUACUUCUCUCACCGUACUCUGCUGGAGCGUCACAUGACCACCCACACUGCCUGGAAAGGGGGCCCAUCAGAUGCCCCCGGGGCUCUUGUCACAUCCUCCUCCCCAGCAGACUGGAAGGAGAAACCAAAUGUUGCCACCACGGCUACUCCUGCUGCAGAGGCAAGCAUCAUCCCUGCUCCUGUGGCCUGGAAAGCAGGGGAGCCGUCUGCUGAGAGCACCAUCAGUGGUUGGAAGGCAGGAGAUCCGAGCCAGGCAGAAAGUCGUCUAGUAACCUGGAAGGGAGAAGCUACCGGGGAAAACGCCAUUACAGCCUGGAAAGGAGAUCCUACUUCGGAAACCUCCAUGCAGCCUCAUACUAUUUAGAACAUCUGGGCCUUUUUUGCUGCUUGAUCCAACCCUUGUGGCUUAUGGAGAUAGGUGGCAUCAAGGCUUACUUUGAGUCCUUUAAUCUGGAAAUAUGUCUGCUGUGGUAUCUUGCAAACUAGAAAGUUGCCUUCUGGGUACCACUGUGAUUCUACAAGGGAUAGUGCCACCACAGGCAGACCAUACAAUCUGAUGUAGAAGGACACAGAUGGAGAGUGUCCAAUGGCUGCCUCUAGUCUGUCUGUAGUGCAAUAGUAUAGCAUAUGCUUUGCAUGCUGGGAUAUAAUCUCCCAGAAAUAUCUGACUACAUACGGGACACUACAUUAACACUUGGCUUUUCCCAACAAGGCAGUCCAUAGAUAAGGCUGCAGCAACAAAUAAGAAGCACAAUAUUGUGGGGUCCCUGAUGCUCUAUGAGCUUAGUUGUUUUCUUGCAGAUGGGCAAAAAAAUAAACUAAGAGAGCACUGAGGACACCCCCCCCCCUAGUUCAACCCUGAUCUACAAAUAUUCUCUUCUAUUGAAAGCACAAUAUUCUCUGUAUGUAGCUAAUGUAUUACUGACUUAUAUUUUUAAGCCAGUUUGGUUUUAUUUUGUUGAGAAGGUUACCAACACCUUUUCAUUUUGUUUUCUUUUUCUAUCUAGGAAUAAAGCAGUAUGUGAAUCUGUCUGAAUUUUAGAGUAGUAAGACUGUGAUGAAAUUGCUGUAGAUAACAGUGGCUUUUUGAGCACACAUACUAGUAGUUCUCGAUUUACAAUCAUUCAUACAGUGACCAUUAAAGUUACAA